AUGAACACCCAAAGUUGCACAACAGAAGAAUUUGAAGAAUUUAACAUUUUUUAAUUAAAUUGGGGUAAAUAUGCUGCGUGCUGGCUGCCAAUUGUUGACGCAGUCCACCCUGCCCGCUGCCAAGACGGGCAGCAAUGGUUUCGCACUAGAGUUUGUGCGCUGGCGCCGGAAACCGCGCUGGCUGCCGGUGGCAAAGAGCAAAAUGUUCCGCGUGCCCGAGCGCAAGAAGCAGACGGAGGAGGAGCGUACCGAGCUGAUGCGCCUGCACAACCAGUAUAAAACACAGCUGCGGUCGGUGCGACAGUUCCUGCGCGAGGAGGUCGUCCGUCACGAGGAAACCUCCACGGCGGACCACAUCGUACUCACACCCGAGCAGGAGGAGGCCGAGUACCAGGCCUUGUUGGCCGCCAAUGCUGAAUGGAACGCAACAAUCGCCCGGGAGCGGGACCAGCGCCUGGCCAAGGAGCGCGACGAGAAGGUGGCCUACGUCCAGGAGCGACUCGAGGCACGUAAGCUGCGCGAUGAGGAGCGUCGGGAGCGCGCCAACGAAGCGGUUCUACGCGAGAUCGAACGCUCAAAGACAUACAUAACCCGGGAGGGCCUCACUGCGGCCAUCGAAACGGCGCUGGCCAAUCCCGUGGAUCCCAAUUUCGCCAUCGACAUGGCCGGCAACCUCUACCAGGGACGCACCAGCUUGGAGGUACCAAAUGCCGCUCCGGAGCCCGAUCAGCAGGCCUUGAGUAAUUAGCUUUUGUCUUAGUUUCUUGUUACAUUAAAAAAAUUGCUUUUAA